GAUUCAAGGCCACGACCACAGAGAUACCAUGAGGACGGCAGGUGGAAUCAAGGCCGUGUUGGCCGUGGCAACACCGUUCCUCGCGUUGGCUACGGCCAACUCCGCGUCUGCUGGAGCUCGCGCCCCGGUAUCCUCAAUGUUGCACAACACUGCUGCUGCUGCCCACCCUCGCGUGGAUGCUAUGCAUGCUGCUGCGCAGGAGGAACCGCUCAUUUCUGCUGGUGCUGAGGUUGCAGCAGGCGGUGUAGGGGGGGCUGCCGUCGCGGUGACUGGUGGGCAGGCAGUUGAACAGCGAAGGGCUAGUGUGGGCGUGCUGGGCGUGCUGGGCGGAGCUCUGUGCCACCUGGUUCUGGGUACCACGUACUGCUGGGGGAACUUCGUGCCGUACGUUCCCGAAAAGCUCAAGUGCUUUGGCAGCGCCCCUGGCUGCUCCCACGCCUCCUACAUCCUGCCCGCAACGUUUGUGUCGCAAACAUUGGCUAUGCCGCUCGGUCCCUACUUCCAGGAGAAGAUCGGAUGCCAGGCGACUACGGCGUUGGGCUGCGGGAUCAUGGCGCUGGGAGUAUUCCUGUCAUCAUACGCACCAAACCUUGCCACGUUCAUGUUCUGCUACUCGUUCAUGUUUGGCUCCGGGAUCGGUCUCGCCUACACCGCCCCCAUGGUGAACGGUUGGAGGUGGUUCCCCAGCAGGAAGGGGAUGGUGAGCGGCGCCGUUGUAGCCGGAUUCGGGGCCGGCGGGUUCGUCUUUAACCAGGUGGGCACGGGUAUCAUCAACCCCAAGGGGCUCGACGCCGUCGGCGGAGUCUAUCCCGACGAGGUCUACGCUAACUUCCCCGUCAUGCUCCGAAAGCUGGCCCUCAUCUACUUCCUCGUGGCCGCCUUGGGAGCUACUGUCAUCAAGCCACCGCCCGUCGCAGCUGCUCCCACGGGCGGCAAGAACCACAGGGGCCGCGGGAAGGUGCAAGCGGCGGCGACGGGGACUAGCUUGAAGCAGGUGGUGAAGGACAAGAGGUUCUGGCUCAUGUGGUUCAUGGCGCUCAUGAUUGGCACUAGCGGCAUCAACGUCGCCAACUGCUACAAGCAGUACGGUGGGAGUGUCGACAUCCUCAAGUCGGACCAAUUCCAGUCCUUGGUGGGAUCGGUGGCGGCGCUGUGCAACGCAGCAGGGCGACUGUUCUGGGGCAACUUGCUCGACGUUGUCAAGUUCAAGUCGUUGUUCGCCGCUCUCGCGGUGCUUCAGGGCAGCGCAACGGCAUUCUACACGGUGCUGUCCCAGUCUAAGGCGGGAUACCUCGUGGGCACGGGCACCCUGCUCUUCUGUCUCGGGGGCAACUUCGCGAUGUUCCCCGCUCUUUGCUCCAAGGUGUUCGGGGGAGCGAUCGGGGCCAAGGUUUACGGCAUCUUGUUUACGGCCUUCGCCGUGGCUAGUAUUUCGGGUACCUUCCUCACCAAGAGCCUCAUGGCGAUGGACUGGAGCUGGGAGCAGGUUUUCAAGCUUAUGGCGUUCUUGUCCAUGUGCUCCAUCACCGCUCUCCCCUUCUUCAAGAUGUAAACGCUCCGCAACAGGCGACACUAUAAAUAGACCUCGCCGCAGCCAGACCUUGCAACGGGUCCGAUGUUUCGCGGAUUUCGAACUGUUGGAUUUCUUUGUUGUCAGGACUAGGAGGCGAUGUUUGGUGGAUCCUUUGCUGUCUGAUUUGUGGUUUGGGUUAGGGUUACGAGGGCUAGCUGCCUUACUGGCAAGACAUCGACUAUUGACUGCUUAUUACCAUGACGAUGGGAGGCCAGGAGUAAGGUGUGCUUGUUCUCCUGUUGUUAUUUGUCCCACUGGCACGAUUUGAAGAAGCGCGGUACGCCCUUUGGGUGGAAUCCAACUAGUCUAUGGGGUAGGGUAGCUGGUGCCAGGCAUCGAGGUAUCUUCUUUGCAAGGCUGUAGAGCCCUGUCGAUUUACGCUUUUGGAAUCGAGAUUGGGUAGGAGGGAGGAUGCCUCCCAUGACUGGGCUUCGGCAGCCCUGCUUUCUCUCUCAUCUCGUCUCUCUCCAGUGCCCAUGGCAGAUUCCGUGUCCUACGGCAUUCGAAGAGCUCCGAGCAGUAGGGCGGGCUUGAAUAGAUUCAGACACUGCUUUUUAGAGUCUGGCCAAUAGAAUGUUGGGAGGGCUGAUCGUUUUUGAAAGUAUGAACAUGAAUCCCCUUUUGUUGCUGUUUUCCACACAAUAAAACAAGGAAAGGCCUCCGGGUACAACAAGAGAUCAAUACAGUUUUCACGCCGUCUUGUUAUCGGAUUGUAGUUGUGACGCCAUUGUUGAUAUGUGUCAGCAGACGAGUCUAGAGCAUUUGGUAGGUAGAUCGGGUGGCAGCAGGCCGGUGCUGGAGGGAGGGCGGGAGGCCCGAAGCGUUGCUUUGAAAUGGUGUCAAAUUCAUUUUUUUGUCAACUCGCGGAUAUUGCACGAAAAUGGAUGUAUCCCCGUUGGUUUGUGCAAGGUAUAUUCGUACUGCUUGGAGAAUACCCUGCCGCUGUUCGUAUGGGAACGCGAUCGCUCGAGCUUCUCUUUCUUGGCUGAAGUCGUCUGUUGUGUACUACCAAAUCUCAACAACGUAUUGUAUGUUUUCUGCU